UUAGCUUUUAUUUUGUAGUGAGUGACAGCUAGUCUCUUGGUCUUUAUUAUAAUAUAUAGUCUUUUUUCUGCACCAUCGCUAUCUUUGGUGAAGAAUUAGUACAUUGGACAUAAUUCGCAUUUGCGACGAGGGAAGUGAAAAUUUAAACUAAUCUUACAUAAGAACAAUGGCAAGGCCGGGCAAAGAGGAUGCUUCUGAGGAUGCAAAGAAAAUUGUCGAUGAUGCCAAGAAUUUUAUUGAAAAAGCAAUAGCUGAUAUUGGGAAAACAUCAGCAACGAAGCAGUUAAUUUUAGGAACUACGUCAGGAUGGAUUACCGGGUUCUUAUCUAUGAAGAUUGGAAAGGUUGCUGCAGUUGGUUUGGGUGGCAGUGUUAUAUUAUUACACAUUGCUAGCCAAAAAGGCUAUAUUGAUAUCAAUUGGGAUAAAAUCAACAAAAAAGUAGACAAAAUUAGUGACAAAAUUGAAAAGGAAGCAACAGGAAAAUCACCCGAUUGGUUUGAAAAAGUAGAGAGAUUUGUUGACCGCAAACUGGAUAAAGCUGAAGAUCUACUGAAGAAAAAGGAAGUUAAAGCUAAGCGCUGGGUCAACAAUAUCACGGGAGGAGAUCACUAUCGUGCUACCGAAUCACAUGUAUUUCUUGCAUCAUUCGUAGCUGGUAUGGCUAUUGGACUCAUCUGUGGAAAAUAAAUACUUUUUUAUUACCUAAUCAGUUAUAUUGCUAUUUAUGUAUUCAACCAAAGCAAUUUGCUACUUAACUUACUGUUUACUAGUACACUAGUGGUACUUCGUGUGUAAUAGUAUAAACUGCUUCUAUUUGAUCAAUAUGUAUCGUCGAAGUUAUUUGUACGGUAUUAGGUAUUACUUAUUCUGUAUUCUGAUAUUGUAACUUAUAGAUAAGGUCCGUAACGUCUAAAAAUAUGAAUUAUUAUAUCGAAUAUUAUGUAGGUAUUUCAAUGUUUCCGAAAAUUAGGUUUAUAAAAAAAGUUAGUGAUCUUUUAGACUAGUUGUUAUAUUUAGGUAUAUUAUCUACUAAUUGUAAGAUUAUUAUACUCGUUAAUUAAUAAAUUAUUAUCAUUUA